AUGCUGCAGCGACACAAAGGGUCUUUUGCGACGGGGGGAGGGGGUGCGUGUCGGUCCUGCGCUGCUUCUGGUCGGAACGAGCUCGUGAGAAAGAAAAGCCACGUCGUGUUUCGGGAAAACAGCUGCUUUGAGGUCACGUGGAGAGAAAGAUCCUCAAGAGGACAAAACCCCGUGUGCGCCUCGUGUGGCAGUACAGGAACGACCUUCGCGCCACCGGUCACAGACGAGGUGUGGUCCACAGUCAACUUGAAGUGGUCACGAGUCCCGACGUUGCGUGGAAAAAACCGGUUGAAGGCUCUCGUCGUGAUGGAUAAGCGUCUAUCCCUGCAAGAGCUUUGA